AUGAGCCGAGUCCGGUACUGGCGAGAGGACUGGCAGCGCAUGCCGCCGUAUUUAAAGGCGGUGGUGGUCGGCUCCGCAACUAUUGGUGGACUGUACGUCGUGAAUCAUGUCGAGACAAUGCCGCUCACCAACCGCCGCCGCAUCAUGUUCCUGUCCCCGGAGCACGAGGAACGACUGGGUGAGCAGGCCUAUCGAGAGAUUCUAAGCAGUUCCCAGCUUCUUUCACCGUCACAUCCGAUGUCGCGGGCCGUGACGCGAGUUGGGCGCAAGAUCGCGCAAGAAACAAAUGCGCCGUUCAUGAAGUGGACGUUCCAUGUGAUCGAGGCGAAAGAGCCCAACGCCUUCUGCUUGCCUGGAGGCAAAGUGUUUGUACACUCGGGAUUGUUCAAGGUGCUGCGAAACGAGGACGCGUUGGCUGCAGUCAUGUUCCACGAAGCUGCACAUGGCUUGGCUCGACAUGGCGCUGAAAAAAUCUCGUUUAGCUUGCUAGUGUAUGGACUUCUGGCGCUCAUAUUGCCAGACUAUGGACAGAUCAGCGAUCUGAUGGUGAAACUCGCAGUGGAUCUACCGUUCUCUCGCAAGCUGGAACUGGAGGCGGACUCGAUUGGUCUGAGGCUUAUGGCACAAGCAUGUUACGACCCUCGUGCCAGUAUUCAGAUGAACACAUCGUUGGGUCAGCUAGACAAGGGAUCUCAGCUCAAGUACUUUUCGACCCACCCACCCAGUGCUGAGCGGGUGCAGGCGCUACGUGAGCAACUGAACAUCGCACUCGAGAUCUACGAGGCCUCCGAGUGUGGGUCACGGAAGCAGGCAUUCGCGAAAGCAAUGAAACCUGCCUUUUCACCUCAAGGCAAUGCAUCAUUUGACUGGUAG